UGGGGCCCCCGGGCAAUAGGGGAUCAUGGGGCCCCUGUGUCCUUGCCCAAACUCAAAAAAGACUAUGAAAAAGGUACCAGGGGCAUCUCAUGGGGCCCCCUACUGACCCGGGGCCCUUGGGCAGUGCCCAAGUUUCCAAAUGGUCAGUCCGCCCCUGACGUGAUUGGUGUGGCAGUGAUCAAGGACACUGACUGGUGACAGUAUGUAAAACAAAUAAAAAUAUGAAAUUAAAUUUUUUUUUAAUUUUCCAUUAUUUUUAUAUGUUUAUUACAUUUUUUUUUUACAAUCUUUUUUCAACACACUGUGACCAAAGCAAUACAAUGUUACCAUAGUACCAUUGAACUACUGUGGGC